AUGGCGAAGAAAGAAGGGUAUGAUAUUUGGAGAAGCCCAGAUCUAUGCCGGCAAGGUGCUCGUCGGCUAUGGCGGUCGGCGGUGGACGGCAACAGGCGGAGGAAGGUGCUCGAUUCGUACUGUGAAGAGGCAAUUGUUUGUGAAUCUCAGAUUAUGGGGAAUACUCCACAAACAAAGAAACGAGCUAUCGCCGCGCCUUCAUUCCUCUACCCGACCUCCGCCAUUCUCCCUCAGGUCCCAACAAGCUCUCUCUUCCGACGAAGGACAAUUUCUGGGUUUAGUGCGGUGGUGGAAGAGAAGCCGGCAUCAAGCUGCUCCCCCACUCGAUGA